CAAAUAAGCACUUCCCCUUUCUAACUGCAAGUGCGUUGUAGGUAAAGGUAUAACGAAAAUCAGGCAGUCAGCAGAGACGGAGGCUAAAACAUGUCUGCAGUAAAGACAGAAGAUUCAGCCAGUGGUGUGAGUGUGGUGAAUAGUGGAGGACCUGUGUACGAGGAUAAAGAGGAAAAUGACAAUGCCAGACCUGAAGAUCUCUCUGAGCUGCUAGCUGCAGGGACCAAAUUAGUUCAUGAGCAAGCUGAGAACACGCAGUUUGUCAAAGAUUUCCUUCAUGGAAAGAUACGCAAAGAACUCUUUAAGCUCGGAGCUGUGGCACUCUACUACACCUAUUCGGCCAUGGAGGAAGAGAUUGAGAAAAACAAGGAUCAUCCACAUUUUGCACCUCUUUACUUCCCCAAUGAGCUUCACCGGCAGGAGGCCCUGGCUCGGGAUCUCGAGUACUUCUAUGGCGAGGACUGGCAGAGUCAGAUCAGCUGCUCUCCUGCCACUCAGCGCUACAUAGAGCGCAUUCAUGAAAUCGGUCGUGAAGAUCCUGUGCUGCUGGUGGCUCAUGCAUACACGCGCUACAUGGGUGACCUCUCAGGGGGUCAGGUGUUGAAGAAAGUGGCCCAGCGUGCCCUCAAGCUGCCCCCUACAGGAGAGGGAGUCUUCUUCUAUCAGUUCGACAGCAUCCACAGCAACAAAGCAUUUAAGCAGCUGUACCGCAGCCGAAUGAACGAGCUGGAACUCGAUGCCAACACCAAGGACAGCCUUGUUCAGGAGGCUGUGAGGGCUUUCCAGUUCAAUAUGGAGGUUUUCAAAGAGCUGGAGGAAAUGGGGAAGACAAUUCAGGAAGACGUUCUGGAUGGAGGACCCAUCCACGGCCACAUGGAAGGAGACGUCAGCAAAUGUCCAUACUACGCCGCCAAAAUGGCUGCCAGUGGAGGAUCAGCAUAUGUUUAUCAGAUGGCUGCAGCAGUCCUCAGAAACCCCACAGGCCAGGUGCUGUUAGCUGCGUGGAUUGCCGCUCUUGCUGGAUUGGUUGCUUGGUACCUCAAAUGAUUCCUUCAUGGCCAUGGAAUUGUAGAAUUGAAUGUUUAUGCUGGCGGAGUUCCUCCCCCUUACCAGAAUCCUAAUCAAUAGUUAAAUACUAAAGCUGAUUUUGAAAGAGGAACUUCCACCACCAACCUCACAAGAGUAGUAUGAUGGGUCGGGUCUAAUAGACAUGUACACAUUCUUUAAUUUCUUCUUCCACCUGGGAAACAAUGAGUCCCACUCACCUUUCUGUUACUAAUUGAGAAAUAUUUUCACAUGAAUCUGUGCUGCAAAGUGAAAAGCAAAUAAAUAGAGCCAGUUGAGCUCACAAGCUUACAUACACAUUGUAGAAUCUGCAAAAUGUUAAUUCUGGAUAACGUAUAUAUCUUAUGUAGUUUUUGAAGGGCAGAACUGAAUGUAAAAAUAAAACAAAUAAUAUGAUUAUCCUAUUUAAAAGUUUACACCCCCUUGCUCUUGUUGCUGCCUUUAUCAUCAGUAAGUAUCUACACCUUUGAGUACCUCAGUUGUUCUCAGAAAAAACAUUGAUCACAGCAUUAUACAGUAUAAUCACUGCUAGAAAGGGCCAGAUAUGUAGAAGAUACAGGAAAAGGAAAGAAUUUUGCUGGACCUGGAUGGUAUUUCUGAAGAACAGUGGGCUGUUUAACUGCUCAGGGUGAACAAGGCACUCAUGAAGAACUCACAAAAAAGAGUCACUGAUCAUGCAGGAAACAACACAAUGUUAAGAAUAAAGCAUAUGUGAUUUGCUUUAUUCAGUUAGUAUUGUGUUUUGCAGCACUUAUUCAUUUAAAUUAUUAACAUUUUGCAGAUUCUGGAAGACGUAUGCAAAAUUAAAACCUUAACUGUAUCUAUUUUAUACUGUAUGAAUACAAUUAUAAUAGCUGUUUUGUGAUGUAAUUUCAGUUCAGAAUAUAAAGUUUUGAAGAACAUUUAUGCACUGGCCCAAAUGCCAUAGUUGUGGUCCUUGCUUCUGCAUGCUUGAUUAUGAGCUUUGUGAGGCUUUAGAUUGCACUGUACUUUUAGUGAAAGGCUUUAGAAGGCGACCCAGAGUGUUCUCUAUACAUUUCGCUGGUCGACUCUGACAAACACACUGUAAUCCUAACACUUAACCACUCCUAGCGAACAUCGGCUAAAUAGUCUUGCCUGCUCUGUAGAUUGACGUUGGUAUCAGUCUGGCAAAACUUUGGAGGAGAAUAAAAGUGAACAGGAGCCCUUUAUGCGCCUUGCUGUGUGCAUCCACCUUUAAUGUGGGACCACACAAAUCGUACUUAUCGUACAAUAUCUCAGUAGUAGGUGUGGUGGUGUUUUUUUAGUUAUUUUGCAGCAUUGGAAUAUUAUCAGUGAAUGGUUUCAUUCAGUCGUGUGGUAAAUCGUGUGGUAAAUCUGUACAUAUUUCAAGUGCUCUUCAGUGAAACACUUGUAGCAUCCAGAAAAAUCACAUGUAAAAUAUGUACUGGUGGUUGAGGGGGAAAAAACCCCAACAAAACCAGAAAAAGUAAUAAGUGUGAAGGCACAUUUGCUGCAUUCUGACCCAAGCAAGCAAUGAUCUCCUACACACAACUCCCUGCAGUUCCACACAAGUACAGGGAAAGGAUAGGAAGCAAUGAUGAGAGAUGAGAAAUGGGUGAGAAUUUAAAACUAAAAUUAGAGGUCUAAAGUAGACUAUGAUUUACAGCUGAACACCAGUCCUGUGUGUGGAUGGGAUUAAAGACGUUUGAUCUAUAACCAUUACACAAGACUUUACUCAAGGCUCCUACAUGGAGCUCUGUAUGAGGUCCUUAGGGAUUAGUACACCAUUUAGGACAGUGCUUGUUCUAUUCAGUAUUACUGCUACUACCACCAAAUCAGUUCUUGUUGCAGUAGGCAGGGGUUUUGAGAGUUUAAUAUAUUUUUAUAUAUAUAUAUAUAUAUAUAUAUAUAUAUAUAUAUAUAUAUAUAUAUAUAUAUAUAUACACACACAAGUGUCAUGUGAUUACUUUUUGCAACAAUCUGGUGCCACACGGUGUUUACAUGAAUGAUGUGAUUAGAUUUUGAGUAGAAUUGAAAUAAAACAGCAGUAUAGAAAAAAGUACACAAGUAUUUUUCUUCCUAACCUGAUAAAGUAGGAGCUACAAUCUUCUCCAAUGUACCGAAUUUAUCAGUGGCAGGUUUUAAGUGUUAUAUAAUACACCAUAUAUUACCACUAAAAUCUGUUUAAAAUGGUUUUACUGAUAGGGUGAUGGUUUGUGGCAUUUUCCUUCAACUAACAAUAUGAGUAAAUAAAUAAGCUUGCAGUUGGCCUUAACGUUUUUCAGCUUGCAUUAACAUUAGGCAUUUACUAACACACAAGCUCAGUGCUAAGCAAUGUAAGGAAAAGAAUCUUAAAUGUGCUCAUUAAGCUCCUACACAUUUGUGAAAAUGUGAGUCGAUUUAGAGAAUAAUUAAAUUCAGGGUCAGUUUGUAACUGAGGAGUAUAUGAAUAUUUGCACAAAGCAGUUUGUUGAUCGUUUGACUACUGCAGCUGUUUCAGACUUCUUGCUUUUAGGUAUCUCAAUGUUUAAAAAAGGGAUCCUGCACACAAACUGCCUCAUUUGCACUCUCUCAUACUGCAUAUGCACAGUAGAUUACUUCUUAGAUAUUAUAUAGUUUGGUUUCAUCUCCUAAGAAAUAUAUUAAAGUGAAAUUUGCUUUUGUUAUAUUGAAGUAAAAUUAAAAUUGUCACCAAAUAGUGAAUAAGUGGCUCUGCUUUCCUGGACCCAAAGAACAUGUUCCUGUUAUUUAUGUGCUAUUAGAACUGAAUAGUAUUUAAUUUAGAAUACCAAAGUCACUACAAUAACAGGCUGCAUAUGCUGAGGAUUUUCCCCCCAGAAAAGGCUUUGCAUAGCAGCUGGUGUUUGAGAAAUGCACAGAGAAUGUUAUGUAAAGGUUGAUGUGUAUUUUAACAGAUGCCGCCAACAGGCUAAUCAAACUUAAGAUAAAACAUUGAUAGUUUAAUACACACAGUUUGUAAUACCAAAAUGAGAGUCCACAUUCAAAUGGAUUUAUUCAUUCAUUCAUUCAUUCAUUGUUGCUUAUUGCACCUUUAAAUGGGAACUAAUCUAUAGUGGAGCAGAUUACCAGUACAAUUAUCUUAGGCUUAGUAACUGUUUGUUUAUAGUUCUGUCUGUCUGCACGAAUGACUUCUUUGUACCUUCCCACUAUGUGACAAAUAUUUUGGACUAAUAAACACUUAAUCCAACACA